UUUUUCAUGAAAGGUGGGAAAUUUUCAAGAAGCUAAGUGGUGAUAUGGCGGGAAACUAAACCCAUUAGCGACAACACAAAUACAAAUAAAACCCUAAUUCCAAUCCCAAUUCAAACCCUAAUUCCAAUUAUCCCAAUUAGAAAUCGAAGAAAAGAAAAUUGACAAUGGCUGAAACGGAGGAGCUUCCCAAAACUAUCGUACGUCGUGUGGUGAAGGAGAAGCUUUCCACUUGCUCCGACGACGGCGACAUUGCCGUUCACAAAGACGCUCUUCUUGCAUUCUCCGAAAGUGCCAGAAUCUUCAUCCACUACCUUUCAGCUACGGCUAAUGAUAUAUGUAGGGAGUCAAAGAGGCAGAUUAUCAAUGCUGAAGAUGUGUUCAAAGCUCUUGAAGAAACCGAGUUUGCUGAGUUUGUUGGCCCUCUAAAAGAUUCUCUUGAAGAGUUUAGGAAGAAGAAUGCUGGGAAGAAAGCGGCGGUGCCAAAAGGAAAGGGAGAUGAAAAGGGAAAGGGAGAUGAGGAAAAAAGGAAAAGAAAGGCAGAAGGUGAGCCAUCUGAUAAAGGCGAUGGUGUUGAUGAUGACCAAUGAAAUGAAAGGGGUGAGGGCAAUUGCAUUAGUCAUGAGUCACAACUGAGCCGAGACAUAAAACUUUAGGUUAUUUGGAUAUUAUACAUGAUUCCUUAUCACUUGGAUGCCCGCGUACUUGUUAACUAUGUAUUGAUGUCACAAAUAUAGCUUUCAGCCAAGUUUUGUAUGUAAAACGCUAGCCUCCACUAACCCUGAUGGAAGGAAGCUUUUAGGAAAGAAUAUUAAGGGUUGAACAUGAGCAGUUCUUUGUGAAUUGGGUAUGAAUGUCUGGUUUGUGAAUUCGGUUAUGAAUGUCUCAAUGCUGCAACAAAUUUAAACUACUUGAGUGGUUAAGAUUAGUUCAUUGAUAGUCCAAUUCACUACAGUCAAAUGAUGUUAAGAUAUUUUGUUAUA